UGCCUUGCUUGCGCCAUGUCUGUUCCCGACACGCCAACCAGCGUCCGCCGGCAGCACAUGCAACAAGCGCCUUCCUCAGAGCGGCCGUCGACAACACCCGCUCGCUCAGAGAUUCCUCCGUCUCCUCGUCGUCGGCCUUCGCAGUCAACCCACGGUCGCUCAGCCUCUGCCUCGGCUGCGCCCCAGCUCGCAAGUGUCGCCAGAAACGACUAUGAGCAGUCAAACCUAGCACAACAAUCUUCCUCUUCUCGUCAUCACGCUGACGCGCCUGCUCGCUCCGACUCAACGCGAAACGCCGCUUCGGCCAGUCAAUCAAGAUACCAUACUCAGGAAAUGCCUUCCACUAGUUCAAAUGGCACUCAUGCUGCCGCUNCCUCUGGGACUAACGUCCGUCGACGAACCACCAUCGAUGCAACUACUGGUCACUGGGAUCUUGGAAAGACGAUCGGUGCCGGAAGUAUGGGAAAGGUGAAGCUGGCUCGCAACAAGGAAACUGGUGAACAAGUCGCUGUCAAGAUCGUCCCCCGACAGUCCACUGACGAACACCGCAACGCACAAGAUCGUGAAAGAGCCGAUCAUUCCAAGGAAGUACGCACCGCCCGCGAGGCUGCUAUCGUCACUCUGGUCGAUCAUCCUUACAUCUGUGGUAUGCGCGACGUUGUUCGUACAAAUUACCACUGGUAUAUGCUGUUUGAAUAUGUCAACGGUGGUCAGAUGCUUGACUACAUCAUUUCACAUGGUCGCCUGAAGGAGAAGCAGGCGCGUAAGUUUGGUCGCCAGAUUGCAAGCGCGCUCGACUACUGCCACCGCAACAGCAUCGUGCAUCGAGAUUUGAAGAUUGAGAACAUCCUUAUCAGCAAGACUGGUGAUAUCAAGAUCAUUGACUUCGGCUUGAGCAACACUUUCUCACCCAAAGGCCUCCUGAAGACGUUCUGUGGUUCCCUCUACUUUGCCGCACCUGAGCUUUUGCAGGCAAAAGCUUACACCGGCCCCGAAGUUGAUGUCUGGAGUUUCGGUAUCGUCUUGUAUGUCCUCGUCUGUGGCAAGGUUCCAUUUGACGAUCAGAGCAUGCCACAAUUGCAUGCCAAGAUCAAGAAGGGAGCUGUAGAGUAUCCACCCUGGUUGAGUGCAGAAUGCAAGAACCUGAUCGCUCGCAUGCUUGUAACUGAUCCUGCGCAACGUGCUACUCUUGCGGAGAUCAUGGUCCAUCCCUGGAUGACGAAAGGAUUCGGUGGCCCUCCCGAGAAUUACCUGCCCCCUCGUAAGCCACUACAACUCCCACUGGAUCCGCGAGUCCUCCAGAAGAUGGAUGGCUUCGAUUUUGGCACCGCAGAAUACAUCGAGCAGCAACUCACCAAAACCAUUCAAUCUGAGGACUAUCAGAAAUCUGUGGUCGCAAUGGAACGCCGCCACCAGUCUGGCAUCUCAGAUUUGCAGAACAAGCAAGGUAGCAUGUUCGAUUUCUACAAACGACGAAAGUCUACGACAAGUCGCGAUACCCUCACCGGGCCUUCAUCCGAAGCUGUUCAGCUGGGCACUGAUCCUUUGAAUGCUUACAACCCACUGCUUUCCGUAUACUUCUUAGCUAAGGAGAAGAUCGAGCGGGAAGAGAGGGAGACCAACCCAGGCGCUCUAGCUAUCCCACGCUCGCCUGGAGAGAAGCCAUUGCAAUUGCCUGAUCUCCAGCCACCGGCGGCUGCUUACACAAACACUGCCACUUACGAGAUGGCUGGAGAGGCACCGACAGGAGGAAGAAGUCGUCCUCGUGCUAGAACACAUGGCGAAGACGAGUUGCAAGAAGACGCAAAGAAGGCCAGGCCCACCAACCGCGUGCCACCAGUGCCAUCUCCUGCCAUCGUUCUGCCACCACCUGAACACACACCAGUCAAGAAGGAAAGCGCUGCGGUGGGCCUUCUCCGCAGACUGAGCACUAGACGGCACAAAGACCCUGAGAGGCCAGCCCCAGCAGCGACUAACGAUGCCUACACUACACCAAGGAAAAGCUUCAGCAUGAGGAGACAGCGAGACCCAAGCGCUAACAGACUGCAGCCAGAGCCUGUUGUCGAGAAGCCGACAGACCUACUCACACCAACGCCCGAACGCACCAAUCUGGGCCGUUCCACCAGUGUGAGCGCUGCCGAGUACAACCGCGAUAACACUCGCCGGGGUGUCUCUGAGGGUUCAAGCGCUCGACCAGCAGCAAUGACUCCUCAGCCAAGUAGACGCGGCGACAGACAGUAUGGUGAUGCUUCUUCGGACGCCGAGGCCUCGGGGUCCAGAACUUUGCCUCUCACCUCAAGAACUAAAUCGAUGGGCCACGGUCGCAAGGAAAGCUUCCAGGCACGCAGAGCUCGAAGAAUGGACACUCGCACCGAAGGCGUACCGGAAGAGACGGACCAGGACCUCCAAGAGGUCGAGGCAUCUCGUUCAGCUAACAGCGCCAGCGAGAGCCCGAACGGCAUCAAGCCCGUCUACCUCAAGGGGCUGUUCAGUGUAUCAACGACCAGCUCAAAGCCUCUUGCGGUGAUUCGUACAGAUAUCAUCAGAGUCUUGAAACAGCUUGGUGUCGAGUACCGUGAAAUCAAGGGUGGAUUCAGUUGUCGCCACGCUCCUAGCAUCGACAUGGAGAAGCCAAGGGACGAUCAACCAGCGGCGGGAUAUGGAAGUCACAGGCGAAAAAUCAGCUUUGGUGNNGGCUGA